CUCACUCUUUUGUUUUUUUUUUUUCAAUUUUGAAAACAAGUUCUCAGACAUGUCAACGGCAGCGCAAAUCGAGGAAGAGGAGGGCGACUUUACGCUCGACAACCCCGACACUGUCACCAAGUACCGCACCGCUGGUGACAUUGCCAACCGCGUCAUCAAGAAGGUCCUCGCUGCCGCCGUCCCCGGCGCGACCGUCCUCGCCCUGUGCAAGCUCGGCGAUGGCGAGAUCAACGAGGAGGUCGCCAAGAUCUACAAGGCCAACAAGAAGGUCAAGAAGGGCAUUGCGUUCCCCACUUGCGUCUCGCUCAACAGCACCGUCUGCCACCAGUCGCCCCUUUCCAGCGAUGCCGCCAUCACCCUCCAGGCCGGCGACGUUGCCAAGGUUGACCUCGGUGUCCACGUCGAUGGCCUGAUUGCCGUCGUUGCCCACACCAUCGUUGUCGGCGCCACCAAGGAGGCCCCCGUCACCGGCCGCAAGGCUGAUGUCCUCCUCGCCGCAUACAACGCCUCUGAGGCCGCCGUCCGCCUCGUCCAGGCUGGCAGCACCAACCACAAGGUCACCGAGACUGUCCAACAGGUUGCGCAGCAAUUCAAGUGCAACACCGUUGAGGGCAUGCUCUCGCACCAGCUCGAGCGCAACAUCAUCGACGGCAAGAAGACCAUCAUCCUCAACCCCAACGAGGCCCAGCGCAAGGAGCACAAGGAGCUCACCUUCGAGAUUGGCGAAGUCUAUGGCGUUGAUGUUAUUGUUAGCACAGCCGAGGGCAAGAGCCGCACCCUCGACACCCGAACCACCGUCUACAAGAAGACCGAUGCCGUCUAUCUCCUCAAGAUGCAAGCCUCGCGCACCUUCCUCAGCCAGGCCAAGGAAAAGUACGGCAACUUCCCCUUCUCGAUCCGCUCGUUCGACGACGAGAACAAGGCCAAGAUUGGUGUCCUCGAGUGCACCAAGCACAACGUCAUGACCCCCUUCAGCGUCCUGUACGACCGCGACGACACCGCCUCGGUUGCCCAGUUCAAGUUCACCGUCCUCCUCACCAAGAACGGCCCCAUCCGCAUCACCUCCGUCCCCUUCGAGGCUGAGCUUUUCAAGAGCGAGCACAGCGUCGUCGACGCCGAGCUCAAGGCUCUCCUCGCCUCGUCCGCCAAGGGCAAGAGCAAGGCCAAGAAGGCUGAUGCUGCUGCUCCCGAGGCCGCCUCCAGCUCGUCCGCCCCUGCCCCCGCUGCCGCCCAGUAACAGAACACGCGUCGUGUGUUUGGAUGAACUCUCCGAGUUUGCGAUGACUGUUGAGAUGUUGGUGUCCGCUUUUCGUGUUUUUGUGUAAUGGUAGUUUUUUUUUUUU